AUGGGGGAGUUACCUGCUCAUUGUCAACCCCAUCAUCAGCAACAAGCGCCUGACAAAGGUGCUGAUGAAGGGGGUAGCAACUUCAACAUCUUGUAUGUUGAGACCUUCGACGCCAUGGGCAUCUCGCGGUCUAAACUCCACACCUCCAUUUCCCCCUUCCUUGCUAUCAUCUCGGGCAUGAGGGCGUACCCCCUGGGGAACAUAGACCAACCGGUCAUGUUCGGCGACCACAACAACUUCCACACCAAGACCCAGAUCUUUGAGGUGGUGGACUUUGAGGGAUCGUACCACGCCAUCCUCGGGCGUCUGUGCUACGCCAAAUUCAUGGCGGUUCCCAACUACACCUACCUCAAACUGAAGAUGCCGGGGCCAAAUGGAGUCAUCACGAUGCCGGGGCCAAACGGAGUCAUCACGGUGAGCGGCUCCUUCGAGCAGGCAUACGCUUACGGUUGGGAGCACUUCGAGCUCGCCACCACCAUCACCAACUCUACUGAGCUCAAAAGGCUCCAUGAGACAGUGAUGGAAGAUGCCCCAGUCCGCAACGAGCCAAUCCCGUCCAGCACCUUUCGCCUGACCAAGGACACCAAGGCGAUCGGGGUUGACCCCAAAGACCCGACCAAGAUCGUGUGGGUCGGCGCCCAACUUCCAGCCAAAUAG